CGGCCGUCUCCAUAGCAACGAUCAGCUCGACGCCAGAGGACGCAUGAAAACAGCUGAUCAGCUCUUCAUCCGCAGCCACAGCAGAAGCAUGUCCUCCCCAAGAGUGGGCGUGGUCAGAGACUCCAUGGUGACCAAUCCGCUGCUCAUCAAGGCGUCCCUGGGUCAGACCCAGUCCAGAGGUCUGACAGUUCCUGGUCCAGAGUUCACUUUUGGAACCAGCAGCGGCUCACUUGGAGAUGGAGGUGUGGCCGAGGUUCUGUCCAGUUGGAAGGUUCAGUCCAGACGAGGAGACUCUGCUCCUCAUCGGCCGCUCGUUCCGGACUUCGUGUCUCUGAACCGGGACGCCGUGAAGUCCGGACUGGUGACGUCCAAAGAGCUGAGUCAGUACCGGGCUCAGAGGGGCGGGGAAAGGAGAGAGAACCCCGCCCCUAAACACCAAGAGGGCGUGGCCACGCGGCACCCGGCGGUGCCUGACAUCACAUUUGGAGUCACAAACAGGCCGUCGUCUCCGCUGGCUGACCUCCUGUCUCAUGAGUACGCUCGCCGCUGGACUGACAAACAGCUGAGCAGCAAUCAAACCCGCAACCACAAACAGAUGCAGAGAGUGAAACCAGGAAGUAUUCCUGACACGAGGACCAGUCUGCUGAGGAGGAGCAGAGCUCUUCCUGUCACACAAACGCUGCUCACUGGGCCACUCUUCAACCAGGCUGCUCCGUCUCUGGACACCUUCAGGAACCAGGAGUCUCGUCUCCGGGCGUUCAGGGUUCACCAGUGAGUCUCUGUGUCCAGGAGAGGCGUUCAGGGACUGGACUGACAUGAGGAGGAAACACGGUCACCUUCAAUACCAAUAAAAAAGAAAAAGAUUCAGAACUCUGCAUGUUGUUCUUCCGCCUGGAUGUAUCAAGUCCUCCAGAGAGUCCCACCGUUUCCGGUGAACACCUGUCCGAGUCCUCAAACUCACCUGAGUCCGGGUUCUGGAUGGACUCU